AUGAAUGACCCACUUCAGAUCUGUCAUCUAGUAGAACUAUGCCUCAGAUCAACCUUCUUCAGGUUUGGAGAUAAACUCUAUGAACAGACGGACGGCACAGCCAUGGGUUCACCACUAUCACCCACAGUAGCCAAUAUUUUUAUGGAAGAUUUUGAAAUGACUGCUAUCUCAACCUUUCAUCUACAACCCAAAACUGUGGAGAGAUACGUCGAUGACACCUUCGUCAUCUGGCCUACACAGCUUUCCUUACAGGAUUUUCUGUCCCACAUCAAUAGCCUACAUGAUAGGAUUGAGUUCACAAUGGAGAUGGAAGUUAACAACUCCAUCACCUUCUUAGAUGUACUCAUCUCAAAGAAUAACAAACAGGCUACUACAACAGUUUACGAAAACCCUCAAGGAGAGAGCUAUCAAACGUAUGCUCAGAGGAUACCUCCCCCAUGA